CUUGAUAGCGUGGUUUGGCAACAACAAGCCGGCAUUCGCGUGCGGAACGAGUUUUCGUGAAAUUCUAUAUAAGUAGCUGUUUGAAUCAAAGACUUACCAUCAGUUUUUUUUUGGAGCAGGUGCAUACUCAAUGACACUCGGGCUUUCCGGCUGCAGUAAGCAGGAGACAACUAUUCGGCUGUGCGUUCAGAGUUAAAGUGAAAUCUAUCAAAACAUUCGUUGGCAUUUAAUAGGACUUACACCGAUUGAAAGUAGUGAAGUAGUGAACAGUAGUGGAGGUGAGUUUGUAUUGGUAAAAAUUCAGCCCUAAGAUGCCGCAAGUGUCAGAACCAAACACAAAAUUACACCCAAUCAAUGAUUGCCCGACAAAGUUGCGUUCUUCCGAUAGUAACCAAAUAGGGGGCACUCCUGUCGUGCAUGGAAAUGUCACCCAGCUUUCGGCCAAGAUUCGAGCAUACGUCGAAGAGUCCGUGGCACUGUGCCAACCGGAUCGGAUUCAUAUUGUCGACGGAAGCCACGAGGAAAGUGAUAUCCUGCUACAUACUCUGGAAACCCGCGGUACGAUCAAACCUGUUACGCACUUUGAACACUGUUGGAUUGCACACACCGAUCCGGCUGAUGUGGCUCGUGUAGAAUCCAGGACAUUCAUUUGCACUGAACGUCGUGAACAGGCUAUUCCCACACCGAGGGAGGGUGUCAGGGGGACUCUGGGCAACUGGAUCUCACCGGCAGAUUACGAAGCUGCCAUUAAGGCUCGUUUUCCCGGAUGUAUGAAAGGACGCACCAUGUACGUGAUACCGUACUCAAUGGGACCGAUUAAAUCUCCACUGUCCAAGUUCGGAAUUGAGCUCACAGACUCAGCAUACGUUGUCUGCUCGAUGCACAUCAUGACACGUAUGGGUUUAAACGUGCUGGAAAAACUGACAGAUAACUCGGAUUUCAUCAAGGGAUUACAUUCGGUAGGAACACCCGCCAGCGGUAAAAUCGCAAUGGCAUUCUGGCCUUGUGAUCCAGAACGCACCAUCAUCCUGCACAAACCGGCCACGAACGAAAUCGUGUCUUACGGAUCUGGUUACGGUGGUAAUUCCCUUCUGGGAAAGAAAUGUUUCGCUCUGCGUAUUGGAAGUACAAUCGCACAACGCGAAGGUUGGCUUGCCGAACAUAUGUUGAUUCUGGGCAUCACCAAUCCAAAGGGUGUUAAGAAAUACAUCGCCGCCGCUUUUCCGUCUGCUUGUGGUAAAACUAACCUAGCGAUGUUAAAUCCCACUCUCCCGGGGUACAAGAUGGAGUGUGUUGGUGACGAUAUAGCCUGGAUGAAACUGGACUCGAAAGGUCAGCUGCGUGCGAUCAACCCGGAAAAUGGAUUCUUCGGCGUCGCUCCGGGGACAUCAAGCGAAACCAACCCGAACGCGAUGAAUAUAGUGCACAAAAACACGAUCUUCACCAACGUUGCGUCCACUUCAGAUGGUGGUGUAUUUUGGGAAGGGAUGGAGCACGACAUCUCUCCGGAUGUAGAAAUCACCGACUGGAUGGGGAAACCGUGGAAAAUGGGAGUAUCGAAGACACCCGCCGCGCAUCCCAAUUCGAGAUUCUGCGUUCCGGCCCGUCAAAGUGCGAUAAUUGAUCCUGCCUGGGAGGAUAAUGAUGGUGUUCCAAUUUCAGCCAUUAUAUUUGGUGGUCGUCGUCCCGACGGAGUCCCGCUCGUAUACGAAGCCAAUUCUUGGGCACAUGGAGUUUUCAUUGGAUCGGCGAUGCGCAGUGAAACUACUGCCGCUGCUGAACAUAAAGGAAAACAGAUCAUGCAUGAUCCGUUCGCCAUGCGACCGUUCUUUGGUUACAAUUUUGGACACUAUAUGAAACACUGGCUCACCAUGGAAGAACGUGCCGCCAAACUUGGUGGUCAUAUGCCGAAGAUUUUCCACAUCAAUUGGUUCCGCAAGGGUGACAACGGUGAGUACCUCUGGCCUGGUUUCGGCGAGAACUGUCGUGUGCUGGAAUGGAUUCUGCAGCGUGUGGACGGUCAGGAUUGCUAUGAGCAAACACCGAUCGGUCGAAUUCCGGCACCUGGUGCACUGAACUACGAAGGACUACACGCUCCGGUAAACGAGAAGAAGCUAUUUUCUAUUCCGAAGGAUUUCUGGCUGCUGGAAGUCGAGGAUAUUAGACAGUACUACGCCGAUCAGGUGCCGCACGAUUUACCACCGGAAAUUGCAAAGGAACUGGAUGAUCUUCAGCGUCGUAUCGAGCAGAUGUGAAAAGUUAUCAUGAUUUGUGAAAAACAUUUUUUGUAAGCAUUUAUUAUCUAACUGUCAAUGCAAAAAAAUACACUUGAAGAUCAACAUUUUUGAGAUGAUCAGAUGAAGUUUCUGAUUUUUUACUGUAGACAUAUCAGCUUCGACGAUUGCCUUCUGAUUACUAUACUAAGCACUGAAUUAAAUCAAUAAAUACGCAUAUCUCGAGUAUAUUGCUGCACGUAGUUGUGUAUGCAUUAGGUUUGUGUAAAAUUUUUAGGAAAGUUUGCUAGUUUACUUGUACAAUUUGAUUGAAUAAAACAACAUUUGAUUUCAAAGUA